ACCCGGCGGCGGCGUGCGGCGCCGUUGAGGGCGCUGCUCGGCGCCCUCCCAGGCUGCCGUGGGCCCUGGGCUCUGGGAAGGACGAUCAGCGCCGGGCGCCGAAGAGCGGGGGCAGGUGGACGCUGCCAUAGCUCGAGCCCGACGUGGUAUCUCGAGUCGUAGGAACUGAGGCUUGGGCGCUGCCGGCCUGAGUGGAGAUCCGGGUUUACCUAGCGUGGGGGCUCAGGACCCUGACGCGGUUGAGGCAGCCCGGAGAGCAUGAGCGGUCAGCGCGUGGAUGUCAAGGUGGUGAUGCUGGGCAAGGAGUACGUAGGCAAGACGAGCCUGGUGGAGCGAUACGUGCACGACCGCUUCCUUGUGGGGCCCUAUCAGAACACUAUCGGGGCCGCCUUCGUGGCCAAGGUAAUGUCUGUCGGAGACCGGACGGUGACUUUGGGUAUUUGGGACACAGCAGGCUCGGAGCGCUACGAGGCUAUGAGCAGAAUCUACUAUAGGGGCGCCAAGGCUGCGAUCGUCUGCUAUGACCUCACAGACAGCAGCAGCUUUGAGCGGGCAAAGUUCUGGGUGAAGGAACUGCGCAACCUAGAGGAGGGCUGUCAGAUCUACCUGUGUGGCACCAAGAGUGACCUGUUGGAGGAGGACCGGCGGCGUCGACGUGUGGACUUCCACGAUGUCCAGGACUAUGCAGAUAAUAUCAAAGCUCAGCUCUUUGAAACAUCCAGCAAGACAGGCCAGAGUGUGGACGAGCUCUUCCAGAAAGUGGCAGAGGAUUACGUCAGUGUGGCUGCCUUCCAGGUGAUGACAGAGGACAAGGGCGUGGACCUGGGCCAGAAGGCAAACCCCUACUUCUACAGCUGUUGUCACCAUUGAAUCACCACUCAUUUGGCCUGGGGGAAUUAAAGGAAUUCCCCAAGGGGCUGGACCUAGCUCUUGUCUGGGCUUGGGUGGUCAAAUGUGUAAGCCACCCCAAGUCCCCAUGCUAGCAGAAGUGGCACCUGCCUGUGCUGGCCCAUGGAACAGAUGCAGCAUUGGGCUGAUGGGCAUUAGGAGGGUAAGGGCCAAUUUGGAUUCCAGGAUUCUGCCCUGGAUAGCACUUGUGUCUGCAGAUUACUUAAGUGGCUUCUGAUUUGUAAAUAAAAUCAAUGCGCUAUGAAUCACA